CUCUCCUGGGUUACUGGGCCGAGGUCUGGACGUUGUGCGAGCCCUGUGGGGCCGGCUGGGCCCCGCCGAUCUGGAGUCCGACGCCGAGAUGCCCGACCGAGACGCCUGACGAGUAUGAGCAGCAGCUGGAGAGGAGGCGGACCUUCUCGGCCUGGCUGUCCGGCUGGAGCCGCCUGCCGGGUGGAGGAGGAGGUGGCGCUGGCGGCGAAGGGUCGCCACACGGACGCCAUCUUCAGCUACCUGACGGAAACCGCAUCAGUGAGGCGUGUCGGCUGGCGCAGAAGGAAGGAGACCACCGUCUGUCCCUGCUGCUGUCUCAGGCCACCGGCUCUCAGUACUGUCGGGACCUGCUGGCCCUCCAGCUCGCCGACUGGAACCGCAUGCAGACCGACAGCUACCUGCCGGAGGAGAGGCUACGCAUCUACACACUGCUCGCAGGGAAACCGGUGUGGCAGUCGUCUGAAUCCGUGGUGAACGUUUGCUCCGAGCUGGACUGGAAGCGCUGCGUAGCCGUCCACCUCUGGUUCAUGCUGCCGCCCACCGCCUCCGUGGCCGACGCCCUCGCCAGAUACGAAGCCGCCUUCCAGGGCUCAUGUGAGGGGGGUAAAUACGCCUGCGCCCCCCUCCCUCCGUACAUGGAGGCGGAGCAUCCGGACAUGGAGGAGGAGGAGGAGUCUAAACGAUCGCUGCACGACCUCUGCUUCCACCUGCUCAAACUCUACAGUGACAGACACUACAGCCUGCAGCAGCUGCUGGACCCUCUGACCCUCACCUGGGACCGUCUGGACUACCGGCUCAGCUGGCACCUGUGGGGCGUCCUGCAGGCGCUGCACUACAGCCACCUGAGUGCCUCGCGGCAGGGACUCCUCCACGCCAGCUACGCCGCCCAGCUGGAGAGCGCCGGCCUCUGGCACAUGGCCGUCUUCAUCCUGCUGCACAUCCCCAACGACACUCAGCGGGAGCGAGCGGUGAGGGAGAUGUUGACCCUGCACUGCCGCCUGCAGGAGACGGACGAGUCUCAGCGGAGGGAGCGCUUCCUGACGGAGAGGCUGCUGAUCCCGGAGCAGUGGAUCCACGAGGCCAAGGCCACCAGAGCACGCCGCGACGCCGACCACCAGCAGGAGGCGCUGCACCUUUACCGGGCCGGGUUCUGGAGCCAGUGUCACCGGCUGCUCAUCCAACACCUGGCCUCAGACUGCAUCAUCAACGACAACCACGACUACCUGCUGGAGUUCCUGGAGGGGCUGGCGGUCCCUGAACACAGCGCCACCAUCCAGGACUGGGACACGGCGGGGAGGGUUUACCUGGACUACAUCCGCGUCAUCAAGACUCUGCAGGACAUCCAGCAGAUGGAAAACGCCGGUUACGAGUUGGAGCGUCUCUACGGCGACGUGACGUCUCUGUGCAGCAGAAUCGAGCUGCUGCCCUGCAGCUCCGCCAGAGACCGCCUCGCCCAAUCAGAGAUGGCGAAGCGCGUGGCCAACAUCCUGCGGGUGGUGCUGAGCCUGCAGCAGGGCGACGCCGCCUCCGACUCCUCGGCGUGCCGCUCAGCCAGCUGGCGCCGCACAUCAGCCGCCUGCCGAUGCCGGAGGACUACACGCUGGAGGAGCUGCGAGGCCUCACGCAGUCGUACCUGCGGCAACUCACCGUCAGCCAAUGAGAGUGCAGAACAGCAGCGGAGGGCUGAUUGAAGUUUAAAGAAGGUGUUGAACUGUCCGCUGCUCAGACAUCAUGGAAUUCUGAAAAAAAGGAUUAAAAAAAAAAAAAGAUAAAAGGAGCUGAAACACAAACGGGAAACGAGUUUGAGUCGUUUGUUUCCGAGGAGGGAACCGCUCCACGACUCGGUUCCGGAGUUUGUUCUCGUCGGUUCUGGACGCCGUCUGUUUUGAAAACAGGCACAAAGCUGCGAUACGUCAUUCCUCUUCGUCUGUGUGUGUGUGUGUGUGUGUGUGUGUGUGUGUGUGUGUGUGUGUGUGUGCGUCGCUUCAGGGGAGAGUUAAAAAAUAAGAAACAACAGCACUUGACCAGAAGUUCCUCCUCAUUCAGUCACCGUUAACCGUUUAAAACCACGUUAACCAACCGGGUCACAGGAACCAAAAUUAUGUUUUUGUUUCACCAAAUCUACUUUGUUUUUUCACACCUGCCUCUGGAUUAUUUUACCUCGUAGAAUACAACAAAGAUCUUCUGGUGCUAACUGGGAGUUCUUCUGUUCCACUGGUUUCCGUUUAUUCCUGUUGAGUGUGAAAGUCGCUCCACAGACUCUUGAAACCUGCUGCAUUGUAAUCAAUCUUUAUUAUCAAGUCUGUUCAUUUAUGUCAAAGUUUAACUGAAGUUGUGAAAUCAUUUCCUGCAGACUUUCAGAUCUAUCUGUUUAAACUGCAUCACGUGAAGAAAACCUUUUUCAUCAGGGAGUUCUGUCUCCAAACAAUAAGACAAUACAAACAUUGAAGCGUCUGUAAUGUUCUAGUACCGAUAGUUUCCAGAGUCUGCUAAAGAUUUUAAUACUAUGCAGAAAUGAAUGGAAACCAAUCGGCAGAAAGGGAAAAAAAAAUCUAAUUAAAAAGUAGCUAAAACGUUCCAACUGUAAAACGAUCCGUUCUCUCUUUCAGCUGUAAACUCGUUCACACGUUCUGUUUAUUAUUUUAAAGUUCUCCCCAGAAACCGACUUCUUUCCCUCUUUAACAGAGUUAUUUUGUUGGAGUGGCGUCUUUGUAACGGCACUUCACUAUGCAUGUGAGCGUGUAAAUGUGACCUCGUUUGACCUUUGACCCCAAAGAAAGUGACGCGUUAUCGAUUUAGCUCCGACAAAAGAGGAUUUAUUUUUUUUUCUUCGAAAGAUUUGGUUUUAUGAUAUGCGUGAACAAAAAAAGCAGCCGUUAGCUUAGCAUAGUGUGACAGUAGCAUCUGUUCAUCUGUCGAUAUGUGAAUAAAGACGAUUAUCUGAAUGCGAGCGGCGGCGGCGUUCAGACGGGUUCCACGUGAACGACGUGGGUUUGAUUCUGAGGAAAGCUCAACAUGCAAAAUGUCUGAUGGUCUAUUUUUGUAGAUUUCUGUUUUGUUUGAAUGUAAAUCAGAAGUGUGUGUGUGUGUGUGUGUGUGUGUGUGUGUGUGUGUGUGUGUGUGUGUGUGUGUGUGUGUGUGUGUGUGUGUGUGUGUGUG